AUGCUAGGCUAAGGAACAGUCGUUGGAGGUACCGGAAUACAACUGGGUAUUAAGAAAAAGUCUUCAUAAUAAAAACUUAAACUAUUUUUACUCAAAAAAUCACCUAAGAGACAUAUAGACAUAAGAAUGAAUAUGAACAUCACAAACAAUUCAGAUGAGUUUGCUUUUGAUGAUUCAUCUCCUCUUAAUAUGAUAGUAAGAAAGAAGCAAAGCAAUUCAAAAUUGCUUAAUAGGACAGCCGACCAGCAAGAAUUAAAUGUUAUGAAUCUUGAAAUUGAAAAGAAAAACUCAAAGCGCAUGUCUAACCUAAAUGAUGAUGACUAAGAAUCUUUGGAUACCCUGGCUAACAAGGCUCUCAGUUCUAAAUUUUAACAUAAUUAGUAGCAGAUGAGCAAAUCUUAAUAGAGUAUGACAAAUCAAAAUACACUUACUCCUAGCAAAUUGAAUAACCUUGAUGAAAUUAAAGAAUCACAAAAUGAGAACCUAAAUACAAGAUAUUUGAACACACUUCGAGAAUCCAUUCAUAUUUAAAAUCAGUUAGCAGGGCAAUAAUAAAUACCAAACACUUAGAGCACUAAUAAAAGGAAAAUCAUCAUUAGUAAAGCUGAUACUUUUGUCAGUCAAAAGGUAUUCAGCAUCCCCUAGGAACUUGACAAUGAUAAAAUGUAGUAGUCAACUAAGACUAUGAAUAACCCAUCUAGUUUAGCAGGAGGCUCAAAAACAGCAUCUAAGUUUGUUAAGUUUUCUACUCUCAAUUCCUCGAAAAUUCAGUCUCCUAAAACUAUGUUUUACAAGCUUGGAUUAAAAUAGCCUUCUAACAAUUUCCAAAAAUAGAAAGACCCUGCAUCUAAGGACGAAGAUUUUCCUUUAAAUCCUUAUGAAAGCAUCGAUUAACUAAUGAAUUUAAAAGGCAGUAGAGAUUUUAAAAUAAGCAAAUAAAGCCACAUAUAGGCAAAGAUACUGAUUCCAAAGAAAAAGAUAAUAGCCUUGAGAAAAGCUUCAUACAAGCUGGGAUAAACAUUUAAGAAAAAUUCUACUUCAAGUAGUCCAUUAACAAAGAAUGAAUUAGCAGCAAAUAGAUCCUCAGGUUAUAAGCAGCCUCUAAAGCAAUAAUUUUAUGAAAUGAAUGUGACACCAAGUCCAAGUGAUCUAAGGCAGUCUAAAAAUUAUCAAAAAAGGCUUUAAAUUAUGAGAUAGUCAAUGCUGAGCCAGAUUGAACAAGGCAAAUCAAACAGUAUGGGGCUAAGUAAUUAAAGUAAUAGCUAUGGAAUAUAUUCUCAAGAUUCAACAGCUAUCUAAGUUGAAAUCAGAGAAAAAGUCAACUAAAAGAGCCGCAAGCAUUAUAGUGUAAGUAUUAGUGACCCUACUUUUCUGUCUCAGAGAAGACUAGAGCCUGUUGAUAAAGAAAAGUAAGUUGAGUAACUUAGACUAUUACUAUAAACCUAGUAACGUCUAAGAAUGAAAACUAACUAGUCGCAGAAUACUAUGGAUAAUUUUACAGAUGAUUGGGUUUCAUACAGGCAGUAAAGCAUUUAGACUACUCUUAAGAAUUUACCUCCACUGGGAAAGAAAAAUGGAAAACUCAAAAAGAAAUAAAGAGACUACAUUUCAAUUCAACAGCAGGCAAAUGGCUCUAUCAUUAUCAAUAAAAAAAGGAAUGAAAAUUUUUCCUUAUUUUCAUCAAUUGAAAGUUAAAAGAUGGGUUCUACUUCAAUGUUCAAGCCUAAGGCUUCCGAGGAAUAUGGAAACAACGAAAGAUACUAUAAGUUUAAUUAGCACAGUCAGAAUUAUAGUUAUACUAAGCACAAGCUGAAUGAUUUAUUUGAAGACAUUAUACCAAAGUUCAAUAAGUUAUAAAAUACAGAUGCUAUUGAAAAGAAAACUCAAGACAAGAUUAAUUCUUUUUUCAAGAAAUAAUGA